AUGAGUAUGUGUUCUGGACAAAAAGGAGAUUUAAAGAAGGAGUAUUGCCCCAAGAAUAAAGUAGAUGAAGAUGAGAUGAGGAACAAGCCGUACGCUUCUCUAGUUGGAAGCAUUAUGUACACACAAGUGUGUACAAGGCUAGACCUAGCCUUGUGCAUUAGCAAGAUGGGGAGAUUUCAGUCAAAUCCGGGAAUGCAACAUUGGAUAGCUGGAAAGAAGAUUCUGAGGUACAUGCAGAGAACAAAGGCUUAUAUGUUGAUUUACAAACGCAUAGAGAAUUUAUAG